UUGAGUUUGUGCGCGCGCGUGUAUUAGUGUUUCAUUUCUUUUCUUUCAUCAUAUUUAAUAAAACACACACACACACACACUGGGGUGUGAAGUAGCGCUGAGAAACACGGCGGUGUGUAUAGUGUAUAGUGUAUAGGUGUGUGUGUGUGUUUUCAAGGUAAUAAAGAGAGAAACGUGCCGCGCCCUGAGCCGCGCGCGCACACACACCACUUCCUCUUGCGCAGGUAAACCUGAGACACACACACACACACACACACCGGUAGACUGUACGGAGAGAGGGAGAAGUUUUUGUGGUUAAUUCCGGGAGGUGAUGGAGUGUGUGCAGGACAGAGGAGAACCGUGUGACUUGUAGCUCCAUGCCUCUUACUGCUCCGUUACCCAUCAUCCCUUUCACCUAACUGGUGUGCCAGUCAACACACCACAACCCCUGCACCCAGCCGACCACGCACCCGGUUUCCCCCUUGAACGCUGCCUUCUCCUGAGUGGAAUCCAACAUGGCCACCACAACAGCUGCUCCGCCCAGUAAUUGCAGCAAUUAUACAGUUGUGGAUUACUACAACGCGUCCGGGAAGGUCAUCUCAGAUGUUUGGCGGGUAAAGGAUUACAUCGUGGUUGGUGUAGGACUGACUGUCUGCUGCUUCAUCAUUGUGGCUAACAUCCUGGUCAUGUUGGCCAUCUUUAUGAACCGACGCUUCCAUUACCCCAUUUACUACCUGCUGGGGAACCUGGCGGCGGCUGAUCUGUUCGCCGGCAUCUCCUACAUGCACCUGAUGUUCCACACCGGGCCCUGGACCGCUAAACUCUCCGUGUACCAGUGGUUCCUCAGACAGGGUCUGAUUGAUACGAGUCUGACUGCAUCGGUCAUUAAUCUGAUGGCCAUCGCUCUGGAGAGACACCAGACCAUCUUCACCAUGCAGCUGCACAGUCAGAUGACCAACAUGCGGGUGAUCCUGCUGAUCGCAGGCAUCUGGACCGUCGCCCUGAUCAUGGGUCUGAUCCCCAGCAUGGGCUGGAACUGCCUGUGCCUUAAAGAACUGUGCUCCAAGAUGGCGCCCAUGUACAGUCGCAGCUACUUGGUGUUCUGGGCCGUGCUCAACCUGGUGUCCUUCAGCAUCAUGGUGCUGGUUUACACCCGCAUCUUCAUCUACGUCCGACACAAGAGCCAGCGCAUGAGCCAGCACACGGCACAGACCAGACACAAAGAGACUGUGGAGAACCUGAUGAAGACCGUCUUUGUCAUUCUGGGGUGUUUCGUGGUGUGCUGGACUCCGGGGCUGGUGCUGCUGCUGCUGGAUGGCGUGGGUUGUAACUGCGGCGUGCUCAAAGUCGAGAAGUUCUGCUUGGUCCUCGCCGAGUUAAAUUCCCUGAUAAACCCCAUCAUCUACUCGUACCGUGACCAAGACAUGCGGCGCACGUUUAAGCGGAUCCUGUGCUGCCUGUGUCGUCGGCGUGGACAGUCAGGCCAGCAUCCCGACGUCCGCUUCAACACCCUCAACCAAGAGAGAAGGCCACCAGAGUUGGAGGACUCGUGUGUAGCGUGUAAAUUAAGCUGCGUUUCUUCCUCGUGUGUGGAUGAAAAUCAGACUUGAUUGAACUUUCACUUUUAAUGAUCUGAUUUAUCAAUUUUUUUUAAUGUACUUUUGUUUUUUUCUUUAGUUCUUUAAUAAUGUACAGACACAUCAACAAUGUUUGCUUUUUAUUACCUGAAAACCUGAAACUGGCACAUAGUUAAGGCUGACUCUGAAUUAGCUUUCAGUCUGUUGCACAGUAACUGUAGUAAGAAGUCCAGGAAGUGGCGCGUGUGGUGUGGCGUGAUAUGAUGAUGAUGAUGAUGAUAUGAACAGUCUGAGAUUGUUAUCGUCAUGUGGAGAUAAUUGUAUUUACAGUUUAUUUGCUCUGUAGGAGAUCGUUGGUGUUGAUGUAUUUUGGCACGAUACGUUUAGCUGAAUCAGGUGUCGGUGCCUUUAAUUCAUUACCAUCAUUACAGUAAGAAGCACUGAUAUUUACAUUUAUUUAUAACUUUAUAACUUUACAUUUAAUUUCCCCAUUUUUACUAAUCGUGGCCAGUUCCUACAGGGUGUGGCAACACUCAGACCAAAGAGCUAUCCGCCAUCUUCUACAUACCUGAGCUCACGGGUAUGAUGCCCAGGAUUGAUUAGACAGAGAAGGCCCCGCCCACACAGCACGGCCAGCGUUGUUCUGUUGGACCUCCAGUCGUGGACGCUGUGGAAUCGUCUCCGUUCCACACUAUCACCAUCUCCUCACUAAUUCCAUAAUAUAAACUUGACCUGUUUUUAAGUCUGUUAUUUGAAACACCUUUGAACCUAAGGUUCGAAAAAAAAUAGGGCCGCGCCUCCAAUACCGGUCUACUUUUCCGUGGCCCAUCCUGUAUCAGAAUACACAUCGUCUAGCUUAGAAAUGUCUUAAAGUACUGCAAUAUCACCUGAUCUAUCCCAUAAUAAUGUUCUUUACACUAAUGGAAUGUAUUGAGACUAUAAACGCUGAUUAAAAGGCGAUACUUCAUUCAAAAAUUUAUUUAUUAUUAAUUAAUAUAUUACAUUGGUAUUUUCUGCCAAAAGUUAACACCGCUCUGAGCUGCAAAAUAACAUUAAGCUGGGAAGUGUGUUAACUGGUGGGUUAUUUAUGUCACACACGAGUACCAAGAUGUCCACAACAUUGUAUUGGGGUUUUUGUGAUUCCCUCGUCCACGUCUGAAUUCCCAGAGAAUAUUACAACGUACUGUAGAACCGAUUAUCAGCUCAUGGCUGUAAUUAGAAUGUAUGUAGUGAGGACGUUAAAAGAUGUGUGUGUAUGUGUGUGUGUGUGUGUGCACAGAUAACAUGUUAGCACCGUUACACCCCCCUUCCCCCCAACCCCACCCACCCACCACAGUUAAAUGUUAAACAGAUGUGCGCGAGUCCCUGAGCGUGUAAAACGUGUGUCACACGGGGGUCACACCAUGACUAGUAUGCGUGUGUUUAAACGGUAAUCAUUUAAAUAUUUGUGCCUGUUUCAGUGCGCGGGUGGAAACAUUUCCAGCAUCGCCCGGAAACUUGGGGCGUUCUGCUGCGCAUCGCUGUCUGGCCAGUGUUUGUUUGUGGCCUAUGUGCACACACACACACACACACACACACACACAUAGGUACAAAAGCUUAGCUCUGCUGUGUGACAUCAUUUCCUGUUCUGUGAGGAAGUAAGAUAGUUGAUCUUGGAAUGGUUGGAUUGUAAACAGGUUCCUUAGAUAAGUACCGCACACACACGCGCGCACACACACGCACACAGACACACGUAGUGCUAGCUCACUAGCAUUACAGGUCAAAGGUCACUGUAAUGACAAGCCCACCAUCUUAAUCGCACAGACGAUCAAAUCGGACAGGAAGCGAAAACCACAGAUGCAGGAAGCACAAGUGUUUAGUUAUUUGUGUGUGUGUGUGUGUUUGUUUGUGUGAGCAAUCCCCGUCCCCAGUGUGUCCUCCUGAGCAGCUAUUGUCUCAUGUACGCAACGCCAUUACGUUCUCAUUUUUACUCCUUUGUGGUUUGGCUGUUUAUUAUUCCUGUAGGUUUUAUUGGAUUAUUUUUGUACUUGAAUAAAUUUUCUGCUCCGCAGAUGUUUUUAUCAGAAAUAAACUCACUGGAACAAGCCGCUCCUCUGUCUCCUUGCUUACUGCUUGUACCGCGGUGCUUCUGGGAUCGGAGAUGAUUUAGAUCAUGUCCGUCUCCACAAGCCUUGCCGUGUCCUGGUCCUGAUGCUGGUUUUAAUGUGAACUUCGUCCACUUCACCUUAACAACGAUUCACACUUAACAAUAGCUUAU